UCAUUUAUUAUAAAAUCUCUUCAUCAUAUAAUUUUAAAAUGUAUAAACUAAUAUGUGUCAUUUAAAUUUACAGCAGCCUGGUCAGCCAUCAAGACCGUCUUUCCUACAGCCGAGAUAAAGGGAUGUUCAUUCCACUGGUGCCAAGCAGUCAUGCGGAAGGUUGCCAAGUUGGGGUUGAAGACCGCCUAUGACUCCAAGAAGAGCGUCCACCUCUUCAUCAGGAAGUUACUUGCUCUGCCAUACCUGCCAUCUGACCACAUCAGACCAGCUUUUACAGAGAUGCUUCAAACCACUGCAACAGCCUCACCACAGAUCAAGCAGCUGAUGACCUACCUUCAACGUACCUGGUUCAACAACACAGUCUGUACUGUUCAACAGUGGUCUGUCCAUCGGCUCUCAGUGAGGACAAACAAUGAUGUAGAAGGGUGGCAUAGGCGUUUCAAUGGCAAGGCUGCCCACAACCACCUCCAUUUCUAUAAGAUUGUGCCAGCCUUCCUACAAGAAGCAAAGACCGUGUCCAUCACACAGCAGCUUGUGAGUGAACAGCAACUCAGCCGAUAUCAACGAGACACAUACAAGCAGCUUCAAGGCCGUCUAACUUCACUGUGGGACCAGUACGAGGAAGACAGUAUCAGAACAUCAGACUUCCUCCGUUCCGUGGGCCAUCUGUAUGCACCCCCUGUUCCACAGCCAGAGACCCUCCCAGAGUCCGACUCUGAAGAUUCCGACAUCGAGUCUGAUUAAGUGUUAAUUGUAGUGACUUGAAGAACUUAUUGGUUGUGCUUAUUAUGUGUAUAGUGCUUUGUUAAAAUAGUAACUUUAAUGAGUUCAUGAAGUAAAUGAUCAUAAUAUAGUAUAUUUUGGUAUGUUUAGUGCUUUUGUUUCAGUUGUGAC